AUGCGCGCCGUACGGAAAUCCACCCAUCUUUCGCGCCAGCUCCUGGCUGCCAAUGCCGUCCGUCACAGCUCUACUACCGCUUCGUCGAUCAAGCCGCUCACCUCGGUGCUCAUAGCGAACCGUGGAGAAAUUGCGAUACGGGUCGGGCGGACCGCAUCCGAAUAUGGCAUUCGAACCACGACCCUCUAUACCGACCCAGAUGCACGAUCACAGCAUGCACUGAGCUCUCCAUACGCUGUGAACCUCGGAGAUCCGUCUGCAUACCUUGACGGAGACCGAAUCAUACAAAUUGCUAAGGAACAGGGUUGCCAGGGCAUACAUCCAGGCUAUGGCUUUCGAGAACCCAGCCUUUGCGCGCAAAUGUACAGAAGCAGGCUUGACCUUCAUUGGUCCGCCAUGGAAGGCUAUAGAAGCUAUGGGAAGCAAGAGUCGAAGGACAUCAUGGCAGCCGCUGGAGUCCCAUGUAUACCAGGAUACCACGGCUCCAACCAAGACCCGGGACACUUGAAGAACGAGGCAGCGAAGAUAGGGUAUCCUGUCCUCCUCAAGGCCGUAAAAGGCGGAGGCGGAAAAGGAAUGAGGAUAGUAAACACACCAGAAGAGUUCAUGGAUCAACUCGCAUCUGCCAAGUCAGAAGCCCGGAACUCCUUCAGCGAUGAGGUAAUGCUCGUCGAGAAAUAUAUCACAACACCACGACAUAUCGAGGUUCAAGUGUUUGCAGACAAGUAUGGCAAUUGCGUCGCUCUGGGGGAGCGUGACUGCAGCAUUCAGCGCAGGCAUCAAAAGAUCCUAGAAGAGUCACCCGCGCCGCACCUGAAAGAGGAGAUAAGACAGGAUAUUUGGGAGAAGGCGAGGGCUGCUGCGCUGGCAGUAGGAUAUGAGGGAGCUGGCACAGUCGAAUUCAUCUUCGACAAUGACACCGACGAGUUCUUCUUCAUGGAGAUGAACACGCGACUACAGGUUGAGCACCCAGUCACCGAGAUGGUCACAGGCGAAGAUCUAGUACGAUGGCAGCUCAUCGUUGCAGAAGGCGGCCGCCUGCCCCUCACUCAGCAAGAGAUCGAGCAAAGGAUCAAGCAGCGAGGGGCGGCAAUCGAAGCGCGAAUAUACGCAGAGAACCCCGACAUGAACUUCAUCCCCGAUUCUGGUCUACUCCUCCACAUGCGCACACCUAAAUCCACGCCAACCGUGCGGAUAGAUUCUGGAUUUGUCGCUGGUGACGAAGUCUCUUCUCAUUACGAUCCCAUGAUCGCUAAACUCAUCGUUCAAGGUCCGACUAGAGAGGCAGCGAUACAGAAGCUCCGUGCGGCACUGGAAGAAUACGAAGUGGCAGGACCAAUCACGAACAUCGAGUUCCUGAAGAGGAUAUGUGUCAGUCCGGACUUCGUUGCUGGCGACGUCGAAACCGGGUAUAUCCAGAAGCACCAUGCUGAGCUCUUCACUCCUGAGCCUCUUGCCCCAGAAAUAUAUGCGCAAGCAGCGCUCGGUCUCGCCUUACAGCAAAUCUCAACAUUCCACACAGAUCCGUUCUCCGGCCCUCCGGUCACAGCAGUAGGAUUCGGCGUAGGCUUCCAACAGCGGGAGGUUAACCUAGUCGAGAUUCCCGCUGACGGUAAGGCCGAGCACAAACCCACGACCAUCCACAUCCGACAAACGGCUCUCACCAAGUUUAAUAUCACUGUCGGCAAUAAAGUGUACAACAACGUAAUAAGCACCUUUGCCUCUUCCUCCAACACCUUAACAACCUUCUACCCGCACUCACGCCUCUCCUCCACAUUCAUCCGGGACGAGGACCGCCUCACGCUCUUCCAGCAAGGCAAGCAGUACCGCCUCCAACUCGCUAUGCCUAAGUGGGCCGAGAAAGCGCUGGGCGUCAAAGACGUGACGAACAGUGUGCUGGCGCCUAUGCCUUGCAAGGUGCUAAGGGUAGAGGUGGAGGAGGGUGAUGAAGUGAAGAAGGAUCAGCCGCUUGUGGUGAUUGAGAGUAUGAAGAUGGAGACAGUGAUUCGGAGUCCGCAUGACGGCGUUAUCGCGAAGGUGGUGCAUGGGAAGGGGGAUUUAUGCAAAGCCGGUACGGCGUUGGUGGAGUUCGCUGAAGCAGAGUCCUCGUCGUAG